CGCCGCCAUUUUGGCCUGGACCGUCCGCCGCUGACGUCAUCACAACGUGUACACACACACACUUCAGUUUUUUUUUAUUAUUAUUAAUCUUUUAUAAGUCUUAUUUUACCUUUGUGGCCUAAACACGUUCUUUUCUUAACAAGCCUUGGAUUUCUUUGUGAUUUUUACCACUUCCAACAAAUAAAUAUUUUAAGUUGUAAAAGAGCGUCACCUGCUGGUUCCAGCUGAUCCCUCUGACUAAUGAUUAAAAAAAAGAUAAUACUUCCACGCUCAAACUAACGGGACAUGGUCCAGGUGUAAUGAGAGGGAGCGCCUGUAGGCGGCGUGUUGUCGCUGUCAGCAUGUUCAACAUGGCGGCGCCCGUGCCUGUCCGGUGUGCGUUCUUCGUGGAGAGAAAGAAACGUUUCUGUAAAAUGAUUGUGGGCAAAGGAAAGCGCUUCUGUGGCGAGCAUGCAGCGAUGGAGGAAGGACCUGGCAGCCGCAGGAUUAUAUGUCCAUUAGACCCAAAGCACACAGUGAGUGAAGACAAGCUGGAAAAACAUCUGAAGAAGUGCAACUCCAGAGAGAAACCUAAACCUGUGUACUAUGUGGAGGACAGAAACGCUGGGUCAGGUGAUGAGGCACAGACUACAGAGGUGAGUCUGUCAGAGCGCAGCCGAACAGAACUGCAGUGUCUGCUGGACAAACUGGAAGACGCCUGCAAAGGACUGCAGUGUGAACUAGAAGAGAAGGUUCUGUCCCAUGCUGCUCUACAGGAGGAAUUGGACAACCCCAAAAAUGGAGAGUCAGCUUACAAACAUCUCCGCCAGCAGGCAUCCAUCCUGGGUCACAUAGCUGCGCUGGGGCUGCUGCGAGGGGGGCACUGUUUUGUGGAGUUUGGAGCGGGCCGAGGGAAACUGUCCCACUGGAUCCACGAGGCUCUCAGGGGACAACCGGAGCUACAGGUGCUGCUGGUUGAGAGGAGCAGCACGCGCUUCAAGGUGGAUGGUAAACAUGCAGAUGGAGAAGCAGAGUUUGAGCGCCUCCAGGUGGACAUUCAACACCUGGACCUGGGUCGAGUGCCUCUGCUCAGGGAGAAGGGGCUGCCUGUUGUGGGAGUGGGCAAACACUUGUGUGGAGCAGCGACAGAUCUGGCUCUGCGCUGUUUGAUGGAGAAACCCAGCUGUAGUGAGUCUAAAGAACCUCCAGCCAAACGGCUCAAAUCCACUGAACCUUGCCCUGAACCAGCUUGGAGCUGUUCCCCUGCAGAGCCUUGGGGUUCUGCCCUGGCAGUGGCCGGCCUCACUGUGGCGCUGUGCUGUCAUCACCGCUGCCAGUGGAGGCAUUAUGUGGGCAAAGACUUCUUCACACAGAGAGGGCUCGGAGCAGAUCACUUCUCUGCCUUCUGCCGCAUGUCCAGUUGGGCGACAUGUGGACUCAGACUGACCAAUUGCAACGCUUCAGCUCCAAAUCAGACUAAUCAGGAUGAAGAACAUCAGGAUCAGAAAGUACAGGAGGAAGAGCAUGAACCAGCAGAGGAGACAGACACUGUGAAUGGGUUCCUCAGCCCCUCAGAGCGCGAGCAUGUGGGCCAGCUCUGUAAGUUGCUCAUAGACUGUGGCCGUUUGCACUAUCUCCACCAAAAAGGCUUUACUGGACAUUUGAGCAGAUACGUGAGCUCAGAGGUCACCCUGGAAAACGUCCUGCUCACUGCUGUACCUACUACGCAAACAUCAAAACCAGCCAAGUCACAGCCAACUGAACCAACAACACCCAAAGACACACCACAGGUGCACUAACAGAUCCAGUACACUGAAAGCAUGAAAUAAACUUAAGUGAGACAGAAUCAACCAAAGAAGGGCACUUUUUUAUUAUACAAUUUUCACUUUCAAAUGUUUGUUUAAUUCUUAUUAAACACAUGUAUUUAAACUCUUUU